UAUUGCUUGAAAACUGUUUUUAUGUUGUUUGACGUUGAUCUUAUAUAUGGCAGUGAGAUUUCACUUUACAUUUAAUGGUGAGCCUUAGUUACUGAAUGAAAGCAAGACUGAUGGAAAACAUGAUUCUUCCUAACUUAUGCAUUGGGCUUGUUUUGCUUGUUUGCUCCCUGUUUUUUCGUCUGGAUCAUGUUCUGCGGAGAAGGCCUGAAAGGCUUCGCUCAAAGUUUCGAAGGCAAGGGAUUGAUGGCCCCCAGCCUUCCUUAUUCUGGGGUAAUAUUCCGGAGAUUAAGCGGAUGAUGUCAAUGGUCACUAUUCCAAAGGCUUCAAGCAAUACCUUAGAAGACCCCCUGCCACUUGAUAAUUCUUCCAUUAUCUUCCCUCAUUUCAAACAUUGGACAAAACAAUAUGGAAAAAAUUUCUUCGUUGCAAUGGGGCGGGUACCUCUGUUAUAUGUGACGGAUCUUGAUCUGGUAAGAGCGAUUAAACUCUACAUAUCACUGGACUUGGGGAAGCCUGCUUAUCUACAGAAGGAUAGGGGGCCUUUAUUAGGUAAGGGCGUUGUGACUUCAAAUGGUGCAGUUUGGUCUCACCAAAGAAAAACCAUAGCUCCUGAGCUAUAUAUGGAUAGGAUUAAGGACAAACUAAACAUAGUGGUGGAGUCUGCAAGCGCGCUAGUGAAAUCAUGGGAGAGUAUAGUUGAAAGUGAGGGCGGGACUGCAGACAUAAUAGUGGAUGACUAUGUCAGAAACUUCACAUCUCGUGUAUUUUCGAAGGUAUUGUUUGGAAGCAAUUAUUCCGUAGGAAGUAAACUACUUCCCAAAUGUGUUGCUCUUAUUAAGGCUUCAGAAAAGCCAACCAUACUCGAUGGGCUUCCCUUCAUGAGGUAUCUUCCCACUAAGAAGAAUAGACAGAUGUUGAGACUAGAGAAACAGAUAUACUCAAUAAUUUUAGAUGCAGCAAAGAAACAUGAUGGAGCUGCAGUUGAUGGCAUGUUAAAAACCAUUAUAGAGGGUGCCAAGAAUGGUGAUCUGGGGCCAUUAACUCCGGACCAAUUUAUAGUCGACAAUUGCAAGAAUCUUUACCUUGCUGCUUUUGAAGUGACUGCCAUGGCUGCUGUUUGGGGUCUAAUGUUAUUGGCUUCACAUCCUGAAUGGCAAGCUCGCGCUCGUGCGGAGGUUCUAGAAGUUUGUGGCGGCCAUAUGCCGGAUGCUGAUAUGCUUGGCAAGAUGAAAGUGAUGAAAAUGGUGAUACAAGAAGUGCUACGCCUUUAUCCAGUAGUAGCAUUUGUGGCAAGGGAGGCGCUGCAAGAUGUGAAGCUUGGAAAUAUGAUAGUUCCAAGAGGAGUUAACAUGUGGGUAUGGCUGCUAGCAUUGCACCAUGACCCUGAACUCUGGGGACCUGAUGCAGACAAGUUCAAGCCUGAUAGGUUUGCUAAUGGAAUUUCUGGAGCAUGCAAGUGCCCACAAGCUUACAUGCCAUUUGGUGUCGGGGCACGUGUUUGCCCCGGCCAGAGCUUAGCUAUUUUAGAGUUGAAGGUUUUCUUUGCGGCCAUCUUGUCCAGAUUUUCUCUCUCCCUUUCACCUAACUAUCGCCACUCUCCUUAUAUCAGUUUGCUUUUAGAGCCUAAACAUGGUGUCAAUCUCCUCAUCCGCAAGAUAUGAGAGCUUUCUGAAGCUUUAGCAGAUGAAAUAUAUAUGUAAAAUAUUGUUAUAAUAAACUUUGGAUGAUCUAUGAUUAUUUCUG